AUGUCAGAAAAACUCCCGCCACCUUUACUACACCAACAAACAAAGGCUAUACGUGAUGGCCAUCAAAAUAAUCAACAUGUUGGUCAUUCCAAUUCUCAUCAUCAGCAUCAUCAACAACAAUAUCAAGGAACGCAUCAAAAUAAUCAACAAGCGAAUUUGAGAAAGAAGAAAAAGGAGGUUGCCGCUCAAAUGAACUUGACUCAGAAUGAUGACAAUAAUGGGAUGAUAGUGGCGAUGAAUAAUGAAAUGAGAAUAGGAAGUAGUAAUAUAAAUAGUGCGAGUGUUGUGGUGGUGAAUGAUCAGCAACAAGUUAGAAAUUAUUCGAAUCAUCAUUUCAUUAAUUAUGAACAACAGGUUAGCAAAAAUCAAUCGAGAGUAACAACCACAGUGCUGGUUGACAAUCAUUUUCAACAGCAGCAGCAGCAACAACAACAUGCUAUUCUUCCAAUGGUUGAUAAUGGAAAUACGUUAACUUUUCAUACAGCAGUUAUUAAUAAGGAAAAGAGAAAGAGAAAGAAGAAGGAAGUUUUCGAGGGAUGCAAUCAUUUCAAAAUUACAAAUAAUCAAUCAUCUUCUUCUGUGGAUCAAUAUCAGGAUAAUGAGGAAAUACAUGUGGAGAAAAAUUCUAAAAAACGAAAGAGUGGAAAACAAGUUCAGGUUUCGAGUUUUGAUCUACUCUCAAUGACUGAUAAUAAUGCAAUGUUUGGAGUUUUCAAGAAGAAACCUACUCAACAAGCUUACGAAACAGUGCUCAAUUUCAAUCCUGGUUCAGCAUCAUCAUCGAAUAGUACGAAUAAUGGUGGUGAUCAAUUUAAAACUCCACAAGCAUCAAGCAGCAAUUCACAAACUGAAACGCAAACUCUCACCACUCCAUCACCCAUUCAUAAUCCAUCUUCCAAUUCCUCUAGCACUGGUGCUAAUAUUUCCCAACAAGGCACAUUUCCAAAUCCAAUAGUGUCGAACAACUAUCCCGUUGCUUCCAAUAUUGGAUUUAACAACAUUCUUUCACACAAUUCACACAAUGUAAACCAAUCAACAACUAAUCCAAAGGAGAGUAUACAACAGCAAUACUUCUCAUCUUCGAAUCAUGUAAUUGCAGAUCCAAGUCACACAACUUUACAACCCAUUAUUGGACCUUCUUUUGGUAGUCAACCAAAACGAGAUUUAGCAAACCUGAAUUAUGGUACGAUUUCAAGAUCGGUCAGUUUCACAUCAGCCACGGAUCUGCUUUUUUCUGAAAAGCAAAUUGCAAAACAAGACUCAACAACUGGAACUGUCAAUAACAACCAAACAACAGAUCUUGUAUCAUAUCCCAAUAAUAAUAGUAAUUCAAUUGAAUCUUCUGAAUUGAUGACUCAAUCUAAACAUCCCAUAAUUCCAACACCAACACCAGUUCAGAAUUUAGAUAAGAAAAAUAAUUCUCUUGCAUCUCAUUCAUUACCAAGAACAAUCAUUCCUUCAAUAAAGGAAUUGUUCAAAUGA